CGGAGAUGACGUCACCGCCCGCCGCCACGUCACCAGCAGGCGCCCCGCCGCACGGAGGGUGCCCGGGCAGGCCAGGCGGGCGGUGCGGCCAUGAGCACGGACGACCUGAUCGAGACCUUCCGGGCGCAGCUGAGGGACGACCCCGACGUCGCCUCGGCCGUGGCCGCCAUCCGCGCCCUGCUGGGCUUCCUCAAGCAGGACCGAGGGGAGACCAUCCAGGGCCUGAGGAGCAGCCUGCUGGCCGCCAUCGACACCCUGUCUCGCGUGGACUCCUCGGUGGCCGUCUCCUCCGGCGGGGAGCUCUUCCUCCGCUUCAUCAGCCUCACCUCCCUGGAGUACUCGGACUACUCCAAGUGCAAAGAAAUCAUGAUCGAGCGCGGGGAGAUCUUCCUGAGGAAAGUGUCGCUCUCGAGGAACAAGAUCGCUAAGCUGUGUCACCCCUUCAUCAGAGACGGCGCCCAAAUAUUGACACAUGCCUACUCAAGAGUGGUCCUGAGAGUGUUAGAAGCAGCUGUCGAGUCAAAGAAGCGAUUCAGUGUUUAUGUUACUGAAUCACAGCCGGAUCAAGCUGGGCAAAAAAUGGCAAAAGCCCUGAGGAAGCUGAACAUUCCUGUGACUGUGAUUCUGGAUGCGGCAGUUGGCUACAUUAUGGAGAAAGUGGACCUGGUCUUAGUUGGUGCUGAAGGUGUAGUUGAAAGUGGAGGCAUUAUUAACAAGAUUGGCACUAAUCAGAUUGCUGUGUGCGCCAAAGCUCAGAAUAAGCCGUUUUAUGUGGUAGCAGAGAGUUUCAAGUUUGUAAGACUUUUCCCUCUAAAUCAGCAGGAUGUCCCUGAUAAAUUUAAGUAUAAAGCAGACACUCUGAAAACAAGUCAGAAUCUAACAGAGGAGCAUCCCUGGAUUGACUACACAUCACCAUCGCUAAUUACACUCCUGUUCACAGACCUCGGUGUGUUAACUCCAUCAGCUGUCAGUGAUGAACUUAUUAAACUCUACCUGUAACAAAAAGAACUCGGUGCACUCUUCUUCAGGGACUGUCACAGUUCCAAGAACUUGGAAGAUGAUACAAGUUACAUGGAGAUGGUAAGGAAAUGACAUUAUAAGGAUUAAUGUAAUUAUCAGCUGCCUUGAGUUUUCAAUGCAAGACAUUACCUGUGGAUGGACCACUUAAAAAAAUAUCCAAAAGUUACUACAGCUUCUAAAGGCCUCAAAUAAAUUAUUUUAAAGAUGGGUGGAGUAUUUUGAUAUUUAAAAAUAAAAUACCUUAUGGUGUAUUCAAACUUA